CAGCUGACCAGAAAUUGCCGUCUGCCUCUCGCGACGGUAAGCCAUGUCCUCCAACUACAACGCAAUUGUUGAUGACCAACCGGGGUUACGGACUUUUUCCUCCGGCAAAGAGGAUGGACCUGUUGUUCUCUUCGUUCAUGGUUGGCCGGACGACCAUUUGCUCUGGGAUUCUCAGGUGACUCACCUGAAGGAUCGUUUCAGGUGUGUGACGACAGAUCUGCCUGGCUUCAGCGGCGACGACGCCCGAGUCGAGAAGUGGGGCUACUCGACCGAGGAGGUGGUGAAGCGGAUCGAGAGGACGGCGGAGAGAGUGGGGAAUGGGCAGCCCAUCAUUCUGGUCGCCCACGACUUCGGUUGCAUGUACUCGUUCAAGUUCGAGGCCAAGCGGCCGGAUCUGGUGCGCAAGAUGGUUGCCAUCGAUGUCGGAGGGGCGAUGAAACCGAGCAUCUGCGGCGCCAUGCUGAUGGUCACCUACCAGCUUUGGCUCUGCGCGGCAUUCUUCCUGGGGCGCCCGAUCGGAGACGGCAUCGCUCGCUCCUUCGCAUGGCUGAUGGGGUCACCGUCGGGGGCCCGCAUCGCGCGCGCCUCCACCUGCUACCCGUACUACCACACGUGGAAGCACAUCCUCUGCUCCGGGGAGAAGGUCAGGCCCAUGAUGCCGAAGUGCCCCCUGAUGUUCCUGCAUGGCACCGCUGGCGUGAAGAAGAUCAUGACGUUCCACGCGGCUCGUUGGGCGGAGAAAGUCCAGGAAAAGGAGGGCUCUUCGUCACAAGGGAUACCCCAGGCCUCGCACUGGGUCACGAGGGACCAGCCCGAGGAGGUCAACCGCAGGCUUGACGAGUUUCUUGCGGACAUUUAGAAAACCACGGUGGGCGUUACGGUGCGUCAGCAGCAAACGCGAGGGGUUCGGGGUGUUGGUGGUCCCUUGAGGUUGUUUCGCCAUUGUGGACGAAGCACCUUCCCGAGACGCAUGGUUACGAUGAUGUGGGUUCUACUGUUGUCCAUGCGAUUUGACGAGGUGGCGGGCAGCGUGCAGGCUUAGGGUGGGGUUACCACUUUUUUUCGUUGCUGAUGCCUGCAGGACCAUGGGCGUGCGACGUGUACUUACUUAUAUUUUGUCGUUUUUUUGCUCCACCGUGUUCCAUUGUAGGCUCCUUUGUCCCUGUCGCAUCGUGUUACGGCAGUACGUUGAUCUAGUCAGUGUUAUUUUGUCGGCAGAGCUAGGCAAAGAGGGCAUCCGGACGAUUCAUGUAACCCCGUUAAGAUCAUGAGUGGUUUAGUCAAGCAACGACCUGACGGAGACGAGUGGAACGGACGUUGCAGUAGGGUUGAAUAAGUGCUCACUAAUUGUAUGUGUAUUGUGUGGCAUAGUGUUCGUGUCUCGCCGAAACUUGCGUUGUCUGUGUUGGGUUUCAAACGGAGUUAUGCAACAUGUCCGACGAUUGUUAAACUGCUCUGUGCAUUGUUGGAUUUAAAUCUAAUCGAUAUUGUGGGUGUUCAGUCGACAGCCGGCGCCCGUGUCUUGGUGUGGUCGCCCAGCUUGUUGACGGGCUUGGUGCAAACAUUGUCGUGUUGCGUUUGAAGGCCAACCGUGCAUGCAUCGAUCACGUCGGCAGCGAAAACGGGCAAAUAGAGUACACUGUCAGGAAGGCCUCUCGUCUUUGCUCGUUUUUGCGCUUUUCUCUCCCCGACGAGAACUCGACGGGAGGUCGGUUGUGAAGUUGUAGGCACGUUGUGUUCCGGUCCGGUUUGAAGCUGAGUGAUACCAAAAGACUGCUGUGCAGCAGAUUAAUGUUGUUUUUCUUUUUCCGUUCGUUGAGGUUUGCUGGUCAGAAACGGGCCAGAGUAACGUCACUGUGUGUCCGCUGUUGAGCUUGAGAGACGUCCCUCACAACGGCCGGCUGGUAGCCAGCUGUGACUCUUAAUGUCAUCUUGCGUCACCCCUUUUGGCACUGCGCUCUCACCCACUCCGGAGGGAUCACUUGUACAUGUAGACUCAUAUUGCGUCCCAAAACUCAAACUUAAAAAAC